AUGCAUUACCUAGCUGAAUCAAUGAAUGAGGAUUAUGAGCCUCGCACUAAGGAGACCUGGAUAAAAAGGGAAUUGAACAGGGUGCAUCCGAACAGACGAAAACUAAAUCACCCCCACUAUCGAGUUCGAAAUAAGCUGUUGUAUGCUAAGACGACACUGAUCUACGUUCACGAGACUACAAAUUCAGAGGGAGAAGCAACUCAUCACAACAAUUGCAAGUUUGAUACGGAUUCUGGAAAGGUUGGAAUCGACAAUCGUGCAAGUGCAUGCAUCUCCCAUGUUGCUACUGAUUUUGAGGGACCGUUGGUACCUGUGAAGCGUUCGAUAAAGGGUUUUGGUGGAGAACGAGUUUGGAAUGUAUUCAAGGGGACAAUUGUUUGGAAGUGGCAAAACAAUGAAGGACAACUACAUUGGUUCUCCAUACCAAAUUCCUAUUACGUUCCUCAUGGUAAAUGCCGCCUUAUGAGUCCACAACAUUGGGCUCAGACGCAAUUGAGAGGACGAGUCACGCCUAUGAAAAAGCUAUCCGAGACAACCAAGGAUGGCAUUGGAGAAUCUACACUCUACAAUCGCAGUCAGGUAUUUUGGGAUAAACGACAAUAUACAAUGGAUGUCUACCUUGGAGAACAUGAUAACGUGGCAACUUUCUACCUUGCUCCUGGAUUCAAGAAUUUUGAUCUGUUCUGCAAAGAGUGCAAGAUUGACACAAAUGAUGACACACCAAUAUACGCCAUGCCAGCUGGAGUUGUGAGCGAUGAUGAGGGUGGUGAAGAUGAUGACGACGAUGUUCCACCACCAAACGAAAAGAAAGCCAAUAAGACAUCAUUCCUGCCAAACUUACUUCGCCCGAUCAGACAACUUAAUCCACUGAAGGCACAGCAAACAACACCUGAACCGAGACACACUACAUUUGAUUUGGAUGGUAAGACCACCACUGGAGAGCGACCACCGGUAGUCAUCGACGAGGAGGAGGAGAAGCAGGCAACUACGCCAGCCCAAGAACUACUUCGCUAUCACCACCGGAUGGCACACAUCUCAAUGGCAAAACUGCAAAACAUGGCUAAGCAAGGCAUCAUACCACGGCGCCUCGCCAAUGUACACCCACCUACAUGCAGCUCAUGCCUCUUUGCAAAAGCAACGAGACGACAAUGGAGACACAAGCGUUGA